AUGUCGGCCGAUAAAAAGAUACGGAGGGAUGUCCCACUGCCGAAGUCUUGGACAAUCGGCAUUGCCGGAUUUUCCGGCAUGUUUGGAUGGGUCUUUACACACCCAUUUGAGAUGUGGAAGAACACAGUUAUGAUGGCACCCCCCGGCAAUUCGCACUUAGACGUCCUACGAAAAGUAAGAGAACGAGGGGCUUUCAAGGGACUUUCGGCGGGGCUCCUCCGUCAGGUGGUAUACGCCCCCGCGCGUCUUGGAUGUUAUCCCAUUUUUCGCGACGCUCUCAUCAUGCUGAAGGGUGCCAGCCCAGAGACCGCCCCAUCCAUCGCAGACCGGGCACUUGCUGGAGCCCUUUCCGGGGCUUUUGCGAGUGUCUUGAGUUCCCCAGUGGAGGUGUGCCUUGUGCUGCAGACGACCUCUCCGAUGAAGGUCUCCAUCCUCAAUGCAGCAACGCAAGUGUACACGGCGAGUGGAAUUACCGGCUACUGGCGCGGAGUGGGAGCCCUGGCUUCACGUGCUGCCCUUGUGGGUGUGUGUCAGGUCGCUGUGCACGAUCAGAUGCUUACUUUCCUGCGUCGUCAUAACAAAUGCCGAGCAGAACGGAAGGGUGUGUCUCCGUACGGUGACAAUCUUGUUGUGAAUACUGCCAGUAUUUUCACAGCCCUUUUCUAUGCCUUCUGCACGAUGCCUGUCGAGAUGGCACGUGUACGCAUGUCAGCCGAAGCUCGUAAGGGCAAACUGCCCUCCGGUCAAGCAGCUGAAUUGAAAUAUAAAAAUGUUUUGCAGGCAAUAUCCCGCAUUGCCCGUGAGGAAGGUGUAUUGACAAUCUAUGACUCUUUUAUUCCGUACUUUUGCCGCUGUGCAACCCAUACAGUGGUUUGUUUCUUUGUGAUUGAGUGUUUAACGCGAAACGCAAAAUUGUGGCGCAGUUCCAGGCUAACAAAGGAGAGCUCUUUUGGCUCUCGUCGUGUUGACGUGCCUGCGUGA